AUGCUGAAAAUAAGGGCCAAGGGUUUGAGCUCCAACCCAGUGAUGCAUCACAACAGCCAGUCAUCUCUCUCAUUCAUAAAUGCUGGAACUUCAGGACCACCGAGAAAGGAAUCCGCCCUCAUCACUUCGACGUGGGGGAUUGGAUGGCAAACACCAACUGCGAUGAUUGCUUGUUAUGCCCUAGCUCUUGUACUUGCCGUAGUCCAUCUGAUUCUAUUUCGUUAUAUCGAUGGCAAAGAAGCAGAUGGGCCCAACCGAAUAGCUCCGCAAGCUUAUAUAUCCACGGCUUCAAACAUCUUGGCCAAUGCAUUCGGCUUCUCUCUCCGGGCUUCGUUGGCCAUCGCAUUUGUGCAACGGUUAUGGCUUCUGUUGCGAGCUCAGACCAUGAAAGUGUCAACCAUCGAAGCUCUUUUCAGCAUCAGGUCUAAUCCACUCAUGCUUUUCAAGCCAGCGGCAAUAGCUGCAACGCCACUUUUAUGUAUUCUGGCCCUUGUGAUGUGGAUCACUCAAUUUGUGACCGGCUUUCCUCCGGGAGCGAUUACAGUAGUAUCAGUCCAGAAAAGUACUUUCGGCACAGUCAACAUUCCGUCUUUUAAUGCUUCUUAUAUGGGAAAUGGCUCUGGUGUCGACGCAGAGGCAUUUUCUUUGACGACUUUGACGCCAGUGCAAGGUCUAACUCCAGACCAAAGUGGAUUUCAAGCCAGUGGAUUUAGUGAAAACAAGAACACCAAUCUAAUAAACCUUCUAGCACGUCAGAUUUUAGUUGCAGGAGAAUCUUUCUCGAUGCCAUCGCCCUGUGGAGUCAAUUGCUCCUAUACAAUGUCAUUCGAAGGGCCAUACAUGAAUUGUAAUUCGUCAUCUGAUGUUCUAUACUAUGAUGAUGCCACUGGGAUCUUUAACAUCUAUACAGGGCAGUGGUUUUCGCCACUAGCUGUAAAUCCCAAUCCAACUCGUUUCUACAACGGAACAUAUACACAAGCUUUUUUCAACGCUACAACAAUCAAUCCCAUACAGGUAAAUGGGUCAUUGCUGGAUGGAAACGGAAAUUCUUCUGCACUUGUUCAACAGGGCAGCAUAGUCUGCGCACCGGGACGUGCAAACUUCACAGUCACCAAUAAUUACGAGAACAAUGUCUGGAGCAGAAACGUGUCCUCGGAACCCAUCGACACAUUGAUCAAUCUGGCAGUCCCGACACACGACCAUGUUGUCAUAGUCCCGGGGUUUGGGGCAGCCAGUGGGACUGGGCCAGGGACAACUCCCGCUAAUUGGAGCUUGUAUGCACUGGACUACUACCGUGAUACUAAUAUAAUGACGAUUCAUGGCUCGCUAUCGUCUUGGUUGAAUGGCAGUUUCCAGGGCUUUUUCGCAGAUGGCGAGAAUUUUCCAGUGAUAGGUCCAUCGGUCAUAGGCGACCCCUAUGGCUCGUAUCUACCGUUGUGGAACGAGCAGAUAGUCACGACAACAGAAGGGCAAGCAGUUAGUAUAGCAGCGCAGAACGGAACCGUCAUCGAGAGCACUCGGUUUAACACAGCUUUUGGCCACUUCUCUCUUUCCGAAAGCUCCCAUCCUUCUUUCAACAUAACACAAGACCUCAUUAACGAAUAUUUGUUCAACAUGACAACUUCUAUGAUGCUUGCCUACAGCCUUUGGGACACCACCGCCAACGCAACAAAGCUUACUAGGGUCAACGUUUACAGCUUCUCUCAGCCCCUCAGUCUUGUUCUACCAUACUUCAUCACGCUCUUUGUUACAAUGCCCUUCGUUGUGAUGGGCUGCCUAGCACUCUUCAAGAACGGUGUGUCUGCUAUGGAUGGCAGUUUCAUGCAGAUCAUUGCAACUUCGACUGGCAGUGCAACACUGGACAGAGCCGCAGCUGGUGGAUGCCUCGGAGGUGACGAGAGCAUGCCACAAGAGCUUAAAGAUCUCGAGAUCAAAUUUGGAGAGUUCAUUGGCCGCGACGAGCCUGGGAGGAUCAAGCGGGCUGGGUUUGGGUUGGAGAGUGAGGUCAAAGAACUGGAGAGAGGGGACAAAUAUGGAAUUGCGAGAUGGAUCUAA